AUGGCCGUAGAUGUCGAUGCCAUGGUGAACGCAGAUGGAGUCGAGGAGGUUAUUUCAGAUGUCUCCAUGCCUUCAUGGUUUAUGGACAAUUGUGUCAAAACUGCGUUCGAGCUGGGCCAGGAACUGCGUCGAAUUGUCAUCCUUCCGCCAAAUCCGCCCAAUCCCACCGAAAAAGUCAAAGAUACGACAUCAAAUGGCCAGGCAUCUCAGGAAGAAAGAUAUGAAUUGGAUUAUUUUUUGUACGAUGAACUUUUCAACCUGGUCAUGCCAAAACAAAAGGCUGAGGGCCUCAAAUCGACCUUUAGUUCAGGCAAAACUCCCAAGUUUGCGCUUGAUGCUGUUCAACUUCUUCUCCCUGGAGGGUUCCAUGCUUUUCUUGGCCAAGAAUUCUUCUCAGAGGUGGCAAAGAAGUUUGCUAGUGAUGUGCAGGCGGAUUUGGUUGAAUUGAAUAUAGACGAUUUUAGAGAUUUGGCAGAGCAUUUUGGGAAAGGAAAAGAUUCAGAACACCGAGAUGGCCAAAAAAGCAGUGACGAUCACUACCUCAAUCUACUCUACGAUCGGUGUAUGUGCGUGGAGCUCUGCUGCCCAGCUUCUUCUGUCUGUAGUACAUUACGCUCGUCUUCUCCCGUUACAAGGAGUGGAUCUAGUGAUAGUGCAUCUGACAAUAGUGCGUCUAGCGUUGGAACGACAAAUUCUCAGGAAUAUGGAAUCGAGUGCGUGAAAAGGACAAGAAAAUUUUCCGACAGGCUCUUCUUCCUAUCGCAGUACCUUGGUCUUCUGACUUUUGCCGCGAUCCUUUUAUUGACGGUGAUUUCUGUUUUGACAGGCAGUAUCAUUUUCCGUCACAAGUUGAUGUGUCAAAAGACAUCAGGAAUCUGCAACGAGAUGUGUUCAACUUUAUCUCAAGACGAAGAGGAACUGUCGUCGGUUGAUGAACAGCUGGAAAGCAAUGAGUCGGUAGUAGGACAUGGAAUGCAGAAGAUCCACCAAAUCGAACCUUUCCUUGCUAACCCCGAGGAAAUGGAAAUUGACGACAUGGAAAAUUCUCAGUAUACUGCUCUCUUGAAGAAGAUCAUUGAGUCUCAUUUGUUGAAGAAUACUCUGGGAAGAACUGGAGAUAAAGAGGACGUAGAAUCACCAGCGCUGGUAAUUCUCGUCUCAGGUGUUGGCAGGUUUUGUAGUUACAAAAAGUAUCUUCAGGUGUUCAAACAUCUACAAACCGCUAUCAGGACUUUAUCAAAAGAAGAUACAAUCAUUAUGAUGUCAGGAGGAGAUGACGAUGGUAUUCUUGAUUCAAUCAGUAAUCACACCCAGAAAGGUAUUCUGCGCAUGUUUACUGCCAGAAGCCAGGCACAGUAUAGACUCCUCGAAAAAGAUAAGGAGAAGGCAAGAUUAAAAGAGAAUAUAAGACACCUACAACGUUGCAUUAGAAUGUCGCCAGAAGCAAAAAUGUCACCUUUGGCACAGCCUUACGCUGUAGAUUGGGAGACUUUCAUUCCAGAUGCUACCUUGCGAGCUAUGCGCCGUCAUUUCUUUCCUUGGGACAACAUAGAGAUUAUCGCCAGAACGAUAGCGAAACGCCAACUGGAUAUUGACUCUAUGAAGCUAGUUAUGGAAACAUAUGAGAAGCGAAGUGAAGCAGAGAAGCAGUGGCUCGAAAAUCACGAAGAUGAGGAUGAUCAAAAAGCGCCGUGGAAAUCGAAGCUCCCCCGACGGGCUUGGAGCAUAGCGGAACAGAUAUCGAAGAGUCAAGAAGACGAGCAUUUGUACCAAUUGCUCGACACUGUUGUCAGUCCAGGCGAUCUUAAUACAACUUGGUCAAACAUCGAACUUGACUCAGAUAUCAAGGCCCGCAUUACAGAUCUAAUCUCACUCGGAGAAUCUCAAAAAGAUUCUUGUGGAAUUCUUAAGACCUCGGCUGGAGGCGCACUUCUGUACGGUCCUCCGGGGACUGGUAAGACACAACUCGCAAGAGUACUUGCAAAGACCUCUGGAUCAAUCAUGCUUAGCGUCUCUGGCGCCGAAAUGGAAAGCAAAUAUGUCGGUGAGACGGAAAAGCUCGUUGCAAGUUUGUUCAAGCUCGGGAAGAUGCUUUUCCCAUCUAUCAUCUUCAUCGACGAAGCGGACUCUUUGUUUAGCUCUCGUAGCCAAGGUGGAUCAGGGUCAAUCUACCAGAGAAAGCUCGUCAAUCAGCUGCUACAGGAAGCAGACGGCGUCUCCAAAGAUUCAACCUCGCCUUUCUUACUUCUUGCAACAAACUUACCCCAUCUGCUUGAUCCUGCAGUGUUGAGACGAGUACCUUGUCGAAUCUACAUUGGACUCCCCACGAUCUCAGCAAGAGAGAACAUGUUCCGUAUGUUCUUGAAAGAAGAAUCCUUAGAUAGGAGUGUCGAUCUAAAGAAGCUUGCGGAAGUAACACAUCGAUAUACUGGGUCAGACAUCAUGGCUUUGUGCGUUGAAACCGCUGUUAUCUCGCAACGAGAAUAUCGCAACAAAGAAACGGGCGAGGCCUUGGAUGUUAAGAACAAUAGAAUCUUGACUAUUUCACACUUCCACCAGGCAUUAAAAAGCAACACUCCUACAACAUCUCCACAACUCAUGCAAGAGAUGCGAAGAUUUGCGCAAAUGUAUGACAAAUCUGCUGUAUCAAGAAUGGUGCUUUACCAGUAUUGGUAA